AUGCCUUCAAAAGGGCCAAAUUCGGGAACGUGGCUCCCGGAGGCCCUCAAGGAGCGGCGCUGGUGGCUACCGGAGCGCGUCCCACCGCACCAGGCGGGCGGCCACGACGCCUCCUGCAAUAUUGAUGGGGGACGCAGCGUGACACGCGGGGACGAGGGACGCGCACCGUGUCUCGGCGAUUUUAUUUUUAUUUUAUCUUUUCCUGGCUUAUUGCUCCUGUCUUUUCCUGCCCAGAUAUCGAUAUGCCGGGAUCUGCCCAACAUUGAGGUGAUCACAUUCAGUGUGAACAGCAUCUCGGACCUUGAGCCGCUGAAUCAGUGCCAGAACCUGAGCGAACUCUACCUGAGGAAGAACAACAUCGCGAGCCUGAAUGAGCUCUUCUACCUCAAAAACCUGCCCCGGCUGAGGGUCCUGUGGCUGUCGGACAACCCUUGCUGUGGGUCAGACCCCCACCGCUACCGAAUGACUGUGCUGCGUAACCUCCCGCACCUGCAGAAGCUUGAUAACCAAGCCGUGACGGAGGAAGAACUGUCCCAGGCCCUGGUGGAUGGGGAGGAGAUAACGGCCCCGCCGGCCCGGAGGAACGUGGAGAACGGCUGCCCCGAAUCCAGCACCGCUGAAUCCACAACGGAGACCAAGAGUGGGCUGCUGAACUUCAGCCUGGAGGAGACAAACAAAAUCCGAGAGCAGCUCGGUAUGAAGCCUGUUCCCAGGGACAAAUUUUCGUCCUUUUCGCCACGAGAGACAGACUACAGCAGAAAGAAGAGAAACAACGUCCUGAAUGCCAUCUUGCUCCUCAUGAAGGAACUGGACGUGGAGGGGCUGGAGAUCGUCCAGCAAACAGCGGGGAGGAGGCUCCAGGCCUGCCGGAAGAAGGAGCUGCAGGAGGAGUGAUAGUGCUCGGCACAGAC